CACCAGAGGUGCCCCGGAAACGUUUUCCAGUGUCUGUGUGUUUGUUGUUGUGAAUGAAGUGUGAGCAUGGACAACUUUGCAGUUCAGGCUUAGGUUGAUUUAACUGAAUCCAUGAUGAACUUUGACGGUCUUGACCCUGGGAUGGGUGAAUACUCAGCCAGCCUUCAUGGAACUCUAGAUGCAGGCCUGGAACCCUCCAUGGACCCACACCUAAACCCAAAACUACUCCAGGGUGUGGAGCUAUACCCAGAGGGACAGGCUGUGACCGUCCCGGAGCCUGUACACCUGAUGGAGGGGAUCUUUUCUGAGCUGCACAGUGUAGUUUCAGAAGUUGGCAUCCCUGUCACUGCAACACAUUUUGACCUGCAGGAGGAAAUGCUCUGGAUGGGAAACCACAGAGGUCAUGUAACAUCAUUCUUUGGACCAACAAUGGCACGCUUCUCUUCUUUCCAAGUCCACGCAACCGAUGACAUCCGACAUAUUCAGAGUUUGGAAACAGGCGUGCUGUUCCUCUCUAAAUGCAACCUGAGAUGUUACACUCGUGGAGGUCUCGUCAUGUUUGAUUAUCCGAUGGAGGAAGGAGCUGAUAUGCACAGCCUCCUCAUGACUGAUAACAACACGCUGCUCAUGGGUGGAUUGCAAAACUAUGUGGCUGAAGUUGACCUGAAUACAGUCCAAGAAACUCAAAAAUUCACAGUGGAGGUACCUGGAGUGGCAAUAAUGCGUCAGACCAAUCGUUUCUUCUUCUGUGGACACACUUCUGGCAAAGUGACCCUUCGUGACUUGCGUACCUUUAAGAUGGAGCAUGAGUUUGAUGCAUUUUCUGGCAGCUUGUCAGACUUUGAUGUUCACGGAAACCUUCUGGCUGCAUGUGGAUUCUCCAGCCGAGGCCUGAAUGGGUUGGCAUGUGACCGUUUCCUCAUGGUGUAUGACCUCCGCAUGAUGCGUGCUGUAACCCCCCUUCAGGUGCAUGUGGAUCCCCUCUUCUUGCGCUUCAUUCCUACCUACACGUCACGGCUUGCAAUCCUCUCACAGACAGGUCAGUGCCAGUUCUGUGAGCCCACCGGCCUUGCCAACAUGGCAGAUAUUUUUCACGUCAACACAGUGGGCCAGUUGCUCAUGAGUUUUGACGUGUCAACAAGCAAACAAGCCUUAGCCUUUGGGGAUUCAGGGGGAUGUGUGCACCUUUGGUCCGAUGCUCCAGAAGUUUCAUUCAAUGACUACUCACGGGAGACAGAAUUUGCCCUGCCCUGCCUCGUGGACACACUGCCUCAGCUGGACUGGAAUCACGACCUGCUGCCCCUCUCUCUGAUCCCCAUGCCGCUGACGAGCACUGAGCCUCUGCUGUCAGACUGGCCCACUGCCCUGGCUACACCCAGCCCCAGACGAGCCCCUCCGGUGGACCCAGAAAUCCUCCGCACUAUGAAAACUGUUGGCUUCAUUGGUUACGCAGCAAAUCCUCGUACCCGCCCCAGGAACCAGGUUCCUUAUAAAAUUAAAGAUGUGGAGCCUGAUUAUGAUAAUUACAACCAGGUCCCUGAGUCACCAAUAGGACGUGAUGAAGAGCCACAUCUUUACAUGGUGCCCAAAAAGUAUAGAAAGGUCACAAUUAAAUACUCUAAACUUGGAUUGGAGGACUUUGACUUCAAACAUUACAACAGGACCUUGUUUGCUGGCCUGGAGCCACACAUUCCCAAUGCCUACUGUAACUGCAUGAUCCAGGUGUUAUAUUUCCUGGAGCCGAUUCGGUGUCUUGUUCAGAAUCAUUUGUGCCAGAAAGAGUUUUGUUUGGCCUGUGAGCUCGGCUUCCUCUUUCACAUGUUAGAUUUGUCACGAGGAGAUCCAUGUCAGGCCAGUAACUUCCUCAGAGCAUUUCGAACCAUCCCUGAAGCCUCGGCGUUGGGCCUGAUCCUCUCAGACUCGGACGAGCAAACGGGGAAGGCUAGGCUUGGUCGCUUAAUCCAAAGUUGGAAUCGUUUCAUCCUCACCCAGCUUCACCAGGAGACACAGGAGCAGGAGGGUCCGCAAGCCUACAGAGGUGCUAGCAGCAGUUCUCUGGGCUCCUCUGGUGAGUCUGUCAUUGGAAAGCUGUUUGGUUGUGAAGUUGAGAACAGUAGUUUGUGUCGCUGUGGCAAAGAAACGGUCCGCUCCUCCCUCACGCUGCUCUUCACCAUGCAUUACCCCGAGCAGAACACUCAAGAAAAAACAAUAAAGGAGUAUGACUUUGCUGAGAUCCUGAAGAAAAGCAUCUGCCUGGAGCAGAGCACUCAGGCAUGGUGUGAAAACUGUGAGAAGUAUCAGCCCACAGUGCAGACACGAAACAUUCGAUGUCUCCCAGAUGUUUUGGUGAUAAACUGUGAGGUGAACAGUGCCAAAGAGGCUGAAUUCUGGAAGGUUCAGGCCGAGUAUGCUUUCAAUAAAGCCAAGCAGAAAGAGGAACCAGCAAAACCUAAAGAACCACCUCCCAUGCCCACUGAGUGGUGCUUAGAUGGGGAGGAGAUUUGCGGUAUGGAGGGCAUCACCUUUGACACUCGCACAGAGGAUCUGCGGCACAUCUGGAUCCCUGCCACUCUCAAGAUGUCCAUCAGCAAAAGUCAAGGACUAGAGAUCAGCAGGUGGUCUGAGACCGAGGAGUUAAGUGCUGCUGAAGAGGCGGAGGGAGCUUCUCUGUAUGACUUGGUGGUCACGGUGCCGCACAUCCUGGAUGCUCGCACGGGUGGUAAUCUGUCCUGGGUUCGAGUCCACUGGCAACCUGGAGUCUUUCUAUGUGUGCGUCUGCAGGAAGAAGCAGAGCUACGCAGUGAUGGCACCAAAUCAACCAUUAAGCCCAGUCAGAUGUCUGUGGCCAGGAUCACCUGUGUGAGGGGUCAGGGGCCCAACGAGGGGGUCCCCUUCAUCGAUGAUUACAUCUCCACUCAGGAGCAGGUGGUCGACUACUUGACACAAUACUCUGGCAUCAAACCUGGAGACCUGGAUGCCAAAAUAUCCUCUAAGCAUCUGACCACUCUGAAGUCAACCUACCUAAAGUUGCGCUUCCUCAUUGACACAGGAGUUCGCUUUGUAGGUCACGGCCUACAGAAAGACUUUCGCGUCAUCAACUUAUUGGUUCCCAAAGAUCAAGUUGUUGAUACUGUCCAUCUCUUCCAUUUGCCCCGCAAGAGGAUGAUUUCUCUUAGAUUUCUUGCCUGGUAUUUUCUCGACCUCAACAUCCAGGGGGAAACCCAUGACAGCAUAGAGGAUGCACGCACUGCCCUGCAGCUGUACAGGAAGUACCUGGAGCUGAGUCAUGGCGGCGGGAAUGAUGAAGUGAGGAAGGUCCUCAAGGGACUCUAUGAAAAAGGGCGCCAACUGGACUGGAAAGUCCCGGAAUCGGACACAGGAGAUGGUCAAGGUGCUGCUGUGUUUCCCUCUGUGAUGGGGCUGUGAGCAACACCGUGACCAGGAGAUUCUCUUGCUUAUUUUCUUCAGAUGUGUCACAUUUUAUACUCGUUUGCUUUGUGUACAGUUUUCAUGCAGGUAUGUCUACAUCUGUAAACAGACUGAGUCAGUGACUGAUCAUUUUUAGUCAUGAAAAAAUUUGGGCUUUUUAGGUCAAAGGUUUUCAGAAAAAAAUGGUUUGUAUUUUAUCUUUUUGAAACAUUAAAUAAAAAAGAUUUUUGUUGCUGUAAAUAAACGCAUCCUGAGCGUGUAAGAUGCUUUUUUUUAUACCAGGAAGUGGGAAAUGUACCGUAGUUUUCGGGUCAUAAGCCGCUACUUUUUCCCCACACUGUGAACACCGCAGCUUAUACUGACGUGCGGCUAAUGCAUAUUUUUUUUUAUGCGGCCAAAAACAUUUUGCCUGGUAACAGUAGACUAAUAAAAUUGAUAAGUAGUAUAUAUACGGUAUAUAUUUUUACCGGUUGUUAAGAGACGUUGUAAUGUUGUUUGUGCACUGUUCCGUAAAAAAACCAUAAGCAACGUAAUUUGUGUUACUGAUAACGUACGUAUACUUAAAGGUAGCCGUGUUACAGGCGCUGUUCGAGGAAAAAAAGCAUUUGCAGUAUGUAUUUUUGUAUGUUACCAUAACGUUUAUGUUACCUUACGGAUUAAAUUAAAUGUUAAAAAUCCUCACAUGUAGUAUUUCUGUGUAAAUAUCUCAUAUUACAAGUGAAACGCAUACGGCUUAAAAUCCGGUGCGGCCUGUACAAGUACAAAAUUGAUUUUCUUUCUAAAAUUAGAGCAUGCGGCUUUUAAUCAGGUGCGCUCUGUAGUCUGGGAAUUACGGUACAUGAAUACUUGUCAAUCUUGAUUAAAAUCCAUUAACCCAAACUCUGUGACUGUUCAGAGAAAUCU